AUGGGUCGAUCAGGCAGCAUCCAGAAAUGGCUCCAGCUCAAGCAGUACCACCUUGAGCUGACCUUUGCCGUAUACAUGUUCACCCCCUGGGAGAAGUUCGCCUUCUACUCCAUCUUCUUCCUCCUUUUCAGCCUGACCUUCAUCGCCGCGAUCCUCUACCUGCCCCACCACAUCUCCUUCCUCGUCGGGCGCGCGUGGUACUACAUCAACGGCGAGCACAUCGACGUCGCCGAGGCGGCCAUGGAGGUGGUCAAGGAGAUGUCCGCGAGCGUGCUGCAGGAGACGACCACGACAAGCGUGGAGAAGCUGGCCCAGACUGUUGCUCGCGAGCUGUGA